AUGCAGACUUCCGUUUUCUGCCUGGUUUUAUCUACCUUUCUAAAUAUAUUGCUACUUUUCUUAUUGACUAAAACCAAGAAACAAAUUGGAAGCUAUCGAUAUUUUUUGACUCUAUACAGUUGUUUUCUGAUGUCGUUUAAUUUUCUAGAUUUUCUAAUGUUCCCAGCGGUUCAUAUUUACAAAAAUGGAUUUAUAUAUUUUGCAACUAGUAACCUGAGAUAUCGUCCAUUCGGCAUAAUUCUAGCGGGGCUGCAAUCCUGGAGUCAAGGACUUUAUAUGACCCUUCUCUCGAUUAACUUUGUUUAUCGAUACAGUAUCAUUCAUAAUUAUGGAUGCGGGAUGUACUGGUACAUUUGGCCUAUUGUUGCAGCUGGAUUAAUGUUUGUAUGGGGUUGUGCAGAUAUAUUUCUAGUAUUACCUUGCGACUUGUUUGAUUGGUAUUUCAGUGUUCUAGAGAAGUAUGGAAUCGAUAUUUUGGAGUCAGGCUACUAUGCCAUAACCUAUUUUGUUGAAAAUGCCCAAACAGGAAAAGAGGAAUACUAUUGGCCAAGUAUAUUUCGCCUAGGAUUGUUUUUCGUUUUCCAGUCGAUUACUAGCUUUCUGAUCGAAACCUGCGGGUAUUCCCUUUACAAAAAGGUCAAAGACGCAAGCAAUUUUUCAUCUGGUGUCAUGGCUAAAGUGCAUAAAGAUUUGUUUUGGACUUUGGUUUUGCAGACAAUCACUCCCUGUCUGAUGGUUUAUGUUCCUGGAUUCAUUUUAGUGAUUGCACCAUUUCUAGACAUUGAUGUCAACAAAAUCAAGAUUGAAGAGAUUCAACCCUUGUCAAUUUCUAUUUUUCCGAUCAUUGACACCUGUAUUAUUCUCAUUUUUUUCCGAGGAUUUCGAGUUGCUUUUAUGAAACUUUUAUGGAAAACCCCAACGACUAUCUCGAACAGCGUUCGUCUACAGCAUAUAACUUGA